GCGCUUGACGCAGCAGCAGCGGACAGUUAGGCUGUUGGUUGUUGUUCUGAUCAAGAUGGCUGCUGUUGUUCGGGAUGGAGAGUAGGCUCAGGCUGUCAUCCGAACACAGGCCGAGGAAACGCAGAUAAACACGCCCAAAACCAGGCACCAAAACCCGGCUGGACCCAAACUCCCGGACCGCCGGAACCGAAUCUGAUUCUCUUGUGAAGCAGGGGGAGCAUUGACAGCCAGCAGCAUGGACACCACCACCUCCAUCAAGAUGACCACCCUGGCCAUCCAGAACCUGUUUGGCUACGUGGAGGAGGAGAACCUGGCCGCUCUCAGAGCUCACCUGGACCGCUUCAAGGACGUGGACGGACGCAGCGACAACGGUCAGACUCCUCUGAUGCUGGCGGCGGAGCAGGGCAGUCUGGAGAUCGUCCAGGAGCUGGUCAGGAGAGGAGCCAACGUCAACCUGGACGAUGUGGACUGCUGGUCGGCUCUGAUCUGUGCAGCUAAAGAAGGACACGAUGACGUGGUGAAGGAGCUGCUGGAGAACAGCGCCUACAUCGAGCACAGAGACAUGGGCGGCUGGACGGCGCUGAUGUGGGCGGCUUACAAAGGCCGUUUGGAAGUCACCGAGCUGCUGCUGGAGAAUGGAGCCAACCCCAACACUACAGGACAGCAGUACAGUGUGUAUCCGAUCAUCUGGGCUGCAGGUCGAGGCCACGCUGACAUCGUCAAGGUGCUGCUGGGAGCUGGAGCUAAAGUCAACUGUUCUGAUAAGUAUGGGACCACUCCUCUGAUCUGGGCGUCCAGGAAAGGUCACUUUGACUGUGUGAUGCACCUGCUGGAGAACGGCGCCGACGUCGACCAGGAGGGGGCGAACUCGAUGACGGCUCUGAUCGUGGCGGUGAAAGGCGGCUACAGCGAGGUGGUGAAGGAGCUGCUGAAGAGAAACCCCAACGUCAACAUGACGGACAAAGACGGCAACACGGCGCUGAUGAUCGCCGCCAAGGAGGGCUACACGGAGAUCGUCCAGGACCUGCUGGACGCCGGGACCUACGUCAACAUCCCCGACCGGAGUGGGGACACCGUGCUGAUUGGAGCAGUGCGGGGGGGUCAUGUGGAGAUCGUCAGAGCUCUGCUGCAGAAAUACGCCGACAUCGACAUCAGAGGACAGGAGAAUAAGACGGCGCUGUACUGGGCCGUGGAGAAAGGGAACGCCACCAUGGUGAGAGACAUCCUGCAGUGUAACCCCGACACCGAGACCUGCACCAAGGACGGAGAGACUCCUCUGAUCAAAGCCACCAAGAUGAGGAACAUCGAGAUCGUGGAGCUGCUGCUGGAUAAAGGAGCCAAAGUGUCCGCCGUCGACAAGAAAGGAGACACGCCGCUGCACAUCGCCAUCCGCGGGCGCAGCCGUCGCCUCGCCGAGCUCCUCCUCAGGAACCCUAAAGAUGGCCGCCUGCUGUACCGCCCCAACAAGGCCGGGGAGACGCCGUACAACAUCGACUGCAGCCACCAGAAGAGCAUCCUCACACAGAUCUUUGGAGCUCGUCACCUGUCCCCCACAGAGACAGACGGAGACAUGUUGGGCUAUGACCUGUACAGCUCUGCUCUGGCUGACAUCCUGAGUGAACCCACCAUGCAGCCGCCCAUCUGUGUGGGUCUGUACGCCCAGUGGGGCAGCGGCAAGUCCUUCCUGCUGAAGAAGCUGGAGGAUGAGAUGAAGACCUUUGCAGGGCAGCAGGUGGAGCCCUUGUUCCAGUUCUCGUGGCUGGUGGUCUUCCUGUCUCUGCUGCUCUGCAGCUCCGUGGCCGUCGUCCUCGGCUUCACCGUCGACCCCAAACUGGCCAUGGCCGUGUCCCUCAGCCUGCUCGCUCUGCUCUACCUCUUCUUCGUGGUGGUGUACUUCGGCGGGCGGCGGGAGGGUGAGAGCUGGACAUGGGCGUGGUUGCUAAGCACCCGUCUGGCCCGUCACCUUGGUUACCUGGAGCUGCUACUGAGGCUGAUGUUCGUCAACCCGCCAGAGCUGCCGGAGCAGAGCACCAGAGCACUGCCCGUCAGGUUCCUGUUCACCGACUACAACCGGCUGUCGAGCGUGGGCGGCGAGACGUCGAUGGCCGAGAUGAUCGCCACGCUGUCCGACGCCUGCGAGAGAGAGUUUGGCUUCCUCGCCACGCGCCUGUUCAGAGUGUUCAAAACAGAGGAGACGCAAGGUAAGAGGAAGUGGAAGAAGACGUGCUGCGUGCCGUCCUUCGUCCUCUUCGUCCUGGUCCUCGGCUGCCUGCUGGCCGGCAUGGCGCUGCUCGCCGUCUUCAAGCUGCAGCGGGAGAACCACACGGUGAACGGCGUGCUGGUGGCGCUGGGCAGCGUGGUCGGCCUGGCGCUGCUGCUCAACGUCCGCACCUGGUGGCAGGUGAGCGACUCGGUGCUGCACUCGCAGAGGAAGAGGCUGCACGGGGCCGCCAACAGGAUGCACAAGCUCAAGAGUGAGGGAUUCAUGAAGGUGCUGAAGACGGAGGUGGAGCUGAUGGCAAGGAUGGCGAAGACAAUCGACGGCUUCACGCAGCAUCAGACGCGGCUGGCGGUCGUCAUCGACGGACUGGACUCCUGCGAACAGGACAAAGUUCUGCAGAUGCUCGACACGGUGCGGGUCCUGUUCUCUAAGGGCCCGUUCAUCUCCAUCUUCGCCAGCGACCCUCACAUCAUCAUCAAGGCCAUCAACCAGAACCUGAGCAGCGUGCUGCGGGACUCCAACAUCAACGGACACGACUACAUGAGGAACAUCGUGCACCUGCCCGUCUUCCUCAACAGCCGGGGGCUGUCUAGCGCCAGGAAGAUGGCCGCCGCCGCCGCGCCCGCCAACGGGGACACCACCAACGCCGACGGUUGGCAUGAGGAGCUGGACAGGAAACUGUCUCAGCACAGUUUGGGAGAACUGACCAAGUUUGGCAGCAAGACAACGCUCAACCGCCGGGACACCUAUCGGCGUCGGCAUGCCCAGCGCUCCGUGACCCGCCAGAUGUCCUUCGACCUGACGAAGCUGAUGGUGACGGAGGAUUGGUUCAGUGACAUCAGCCCGCAGACCAUGAGGCGCCUGCUCAACAUCGUGUCCGUCACAGGCCGCCUGCUGAGAGCCAAUCAGAUCACCUUCAACUGGGACCGCCUGGCGUCCUGGAUCAACCUCACGGAGCAGUGGCCCUACCGCACGUCCUGGCUCAUCCUGUAUCUGGAGGAGACCGACGGCGUCCCCGAACACGCCACGCUCAAGACCAUCUACGAGAGAGUGGCGAAGAGCAUCCCGACCACCAAAGACGUGGAGCCUCUGCUGGAGAUCGACGGAGACGUUCGGGGGUUCGAGGUCUUCCUGUCCUCGCGCACCCCCGUCCUCACGGCCAGAGACAUCCGCACCUUCCUGCCCUGCACCGUCAACCUGGACCCCAAACUCAGGGAGAUCAUAGCAGAUGUUCGUGCUGCCCGGGAGCAGAUGAAUAUGGGUGGGGGGGUCCCGUACCCGCCCCUCCCCCUGCAGGAGGCCCGUCCCACCUCCAUGUACAGCCAGGUGUCGUCUGCGUGCUCGCCGUCCGCCUCCUUCAGCGGCCCGUUCAUCCCGCCGCCGGGCGCUGUUGUCUCGCCACCGCCGCACAGCAGCUACUACAGCGGCCUGGCCGGGCCACAGCACCCCUUCUACAACCGGCCAUAUUUCCCCCACCAUGUUUACCAGCUGCCACGCCCAUCUCACCUCCACCCACGCCAUCCGUCCAAACACGCCUCCACCCGGGACGCCGCCGCUAAUCCUUAUAAGGUUUCAUCUUUGAAAAGGAAGCAGGGUUCGGCCUCUGUGGUGUCGGGCGCGCCGGCCGUCCUGCUCAGCUCCAUGACGACGGAGACCGUCUGUGAGCGCGUGCGGCAGAUCGACGGCAUCGACCAGAGCAUGAUGGGACAUUACAGCGCCACCAUCAGGAAGGCGAACGUUAACGGCAGAGUUUUGUCUCAGUGUAACAUCGACGAGCUGAAGAAGGAGAUGAGCAUGAACUUUGGAGACUGGCAGCUGUUCAGAGCUACGGUUCUGGACCUGCGUCACAUUGAGAGUCAGGUGCUGCAGGAGGAAGCUGCCAGCGAGCAAGGCAGCAGUGUGGCGGGCGGCGGGCACGCUGAGACGGGUCGCCGUGCAGCUGCUCCGCUGCUCGCGGGCGCCGCCAACACGGACGCCUCGCCCAUGUACAGCUUCAACCUCAGCUUUGAGGAGCUGAGCACUCUGGGACUGGACGAGGCGCCGAGACACGGGAACACGCCCUGGAUGGGCGGCGCCGUGCGGACGGCGAGCAUGAGCAGCCUGAACUCUCAGGAGUCGUCCAUGGACAUCUCCCGUCUGACGGACAAGCAGCAGGACGAGUACCGCAGCGCCUACCAGGAGUACAUCGCCCAGAUGGCCCAGGUGGAGAUGGGCGCCGCCAGUGGCGCCGAGAGGCCCGUCCAACCGCAGCCCGGGCAGUUCAUGACGUCAUCGGCAGAGAGCAAAGACGCCGCUGGUGAGCAGGACGGACGCAAGGCCUUCGCCAAGAGGAGCGGCAGCGGGAAAGCAGCGGCAGCGGAGAACGCGGAUGCUUUCCCGUCCGCUGCCGAUGGUCUGGACCCGAUCACGGAGGAGGACGAGAAGGGCGACCACGGCUCCUCCAAGUCGCUGCUGAGCAGCAAGGCCGCCGCCGCCGCCAGAGGCUGUCUGGCCGGGGGUUCGAUGGCUGGCGUCACACAGGUACUUAACCACCGCAGGGGGUUAUAA